GAAUAUUUUCUUUGCCGUUAUAUAUAUAUUUCUUCUUUCGUGUACGACUUUCAUGUUUCCUUGCCUUACAGACGUAAUAUGACAAUAUGUUUAGAUAGUAAUCAAAGCAAUCGGAUCUACAUUGUUAAAACAGGCCAAUGUCGUAUUCUUAAAGAUAUUGAAUUAAAAGCCAAAUAUGGAAAGUCAACGAGUGGUAAGGGAGGUAGACCAGAAACUCGUGUCCAGUAUUAUUACUUCAAAUCAAAUAAUAUUAGGAGCAAAAGGUCGAAGGUUCAACCAUUCCCUAAAGUUGAAGAAUUAGAAUCAAAGUUGAGCAUUUAUCGUGAAUGGAAGCUUUAUCGAAAUCGUCUACUGGAAGAGAGUUUUCGUCAACUACAUAGUGUGUAAAUCUUCCUCAACUGUGGAGUCAUCUUUCUCUUACACAAGAUAUAUUCAAAUAUAUGUUUACAGAAUAAUAAGAAAAUGAAGAAAUGUUCUUGAGGUGUUCAUCAGCUCUGAAUAUUCACAUUUCCUUAUUACUUAUGUGUAUAAUUGAACAGGCGCAUGCUAUACAUGAAUGGAAACAAUCAACAAAACCUUCGUCAUAGAAAUGUUCUUCCCUUCUGAUUGAUUUUAUCCCACUUUGACUUCAUAAUAGUAACAAUAAUUUUCAAGAUUUCGUUAGUUAGGUAUUUAUAUACGUGUGAAACUUGGG